AUGGCUUUAGACGCGUUUGGUCGUCUCGUGUUUCUAUAUUUAGCAUGCGCUAAACUAGUGAGUGCACAAUAUACCAUACCGGAUGUCACUAUACAGGCUUUGAAACCAAAAGGAAUAAGGGUUUCUAUUCCAGAUUCUCGAGGAGUGAGCUUAUUCGUUUUCCAAGGAAACCUCAAUAAGGAAAUAGGGAGCAAUGACGUCGGGGUUAUUGCCGGGGAAGUAACUAAUCCGAUGGAUGGACUUUGGAUGUAUGAAGAUCUUGAUCUGCAGCUGAAAGUGGGGGACGUUAUCUACUAUUAUGUGUUUGUCUCUAACGAUGGGAAAGGCUACGUCAAGGAUCGUCUUACUUUUACUGUGCGAGUUUUAGAAGAUCCUAUUAGUACCGGGCCAAACGACUGUGCACCCACCCAAACACGUGUAAGAAACGGCCAAGCGUGCGCCGGAAAGAUCAUAUUUGAAGAGAAGUUUGAUUACUUACGAGAAGAUGUAUGGCAAAUUGAACAAUAUAUACCUGAUGAACCUGAUUACCCAUUCGUAUCAUAUCAGCGGCCAUUCAACGUGCCAACAGUCUCGGUGCAGGGUGGAUAUCUUCGCAUUGAACCCAAGCUGCAACAAAACAUACCAGGUUUUAGCAACUCGUCAAUAGAGAUGGGGUCAUUAGAUUUAUUUAGUGGAUGUACAGCCACUUCAACGAAGUGCCGUACGGAAGCUUGGGGAGCGAGUAUCCUGCCGCCGAUCGUGAGUGGCAAGCUGACUUCCAAGGCAUUUGCCUUCACGUACGGCGUUGUAGAGAUCAGAGCCAAACUACCUCAAGGAGAUUGGCUAUAUCCAGAUAUACUGUUGGAGUCUUUCUUAAAGAAAUAUGGCUCUUUGAAUUAUGCCUCAGGGGUUUUGAGGGUCGCCGGAGCUCGAGGAAACGGCCAGCUAUCCGUUGGAACGGCUGAUUUUGGAAAUAAAUUGCUUUUUGGAGGCGUUUUGAUGGAUGCAAAAUGCCGUGACAUUUUACUAAGAAACAAAACUUCGAGUCGACCAUGGGGCGAUGAUUAUCAUAUUUACGCUGUUCGAUGGACACCAGACGAAAUAACGCUAUUAGUGGAUGGUGAAGAAUGGACCAGAAUCACACCAUCAAGUAACAGUUUAAAGGAUCUUUUCUCUACCUCAUGUGAUAUACCUCGUAGUGUACUCGCUACUGGAUCUAAGUUAGCGCCAUUCGACGACCAUUUCGUGUUAAGUCUGGGGGUGGCAGCAGGAGGCAUCACUGAGUUCCCAGAUGGCGUGACGUCGGCAGGGAAGCCAAAGCCAUGGCAGAAUACAAGUAGAAAAGCUAGUCUUCGGUUUUGGCAAGACAUCGCCUCGUGGAUAGAAACAUGGAGACAACCAGCACUUUUGGUCGACUAUGUGACUGUUCGGGCCCUAUAAAUUUGAUCUAUUACUAUAGAUACAAGGUGUGGUGAUGGCAGAUCUAUUGUAACCAGCUCCUCUUCCUAACUAAGGAAGGACUAAGGGAAUAUAACAGAGAAAGGGCAACAGCAUCCUCUGUGGUACUACUACCAUCAACUACGAUUACCAAACUGUCUGCCCAUCUUGGUGUUUAUGGAAAAGCCUUCCCAUUGGGGAGGCAUUUAGUCCAACAUUGGACUGUUGUAGGCUAUUCAUAAUUAUAGGCAAGUGGCGUACUAAGUAUUGGGUAUUUAGUAUUCUGUAAUUAUUAUUUUUCUUCUACUACUUUUCCCUGAUGUUAAUACUAUAAUCCCUUUGAUAACGUUGCUUAACGUCGGAAUAUUUACGAAGUGUUUUGUUAAAGUAGGAAGAAUGAGAUAUUCUACACAAAUAAUUAAAU